AUGGAUAUCCCAACGAUUUUAAACGAGAAGGGGACUGCUGCUGCUGCUGCUGCUGCUGCUGCUGCCGCUAAAGCUCAGCUUCAGCAGCAAUUGGCUCAGGGUACUCACAUAAAAUCCCAAUCGCCGUCCGAAAUGGGCUCUGAAAACGGAACAUCACAAAACGGAGACCAGCCGAAUAUCUAUAAUCCUACCUCGCAACCUCAGCCUCUAUCAACCAUCCCCCAAUAUCAUUCUCCGCCGCAGAGCUCAGUUGUAAAUUCAGCUGCCCGUUCCGACUACAUUCAGAACGACCAGGGGAAGAUCGAAUAUCUUCAGAAUGACAGUAGCGGACGCACAAGAGCAAAUGGAGAACCUGCGCCCAAAACUUUCCAUUGCUCGACCUGCGGCAAAGGGUUUGCGCGGAGGAGUGAUCUCGCGAGGCACGAGCGGAUUCAUAGUGGAAUCAGACCUCACGUAUGCGACUGGCCGGGUUGCGGGAAGCAAUUCAUCCAGCGUUCUGCAUUGACUGUCCAUACUCGAGUCCAUACUGGCGAGAAACCGCACAUGUGCGACCGAUGUGGCAAGCCUUUUAGUGAUUCGAGCUCCCUUGCAGACAUCGCAGAAUACAUUCCGGAAAACGACCUUACAAAUGCCCAACCUGGAUCCGCCCAGUCGACACCUUCAUGUCAACGUCUUUCUGCAUCUCCGGGGAAUGAAUUACCACCAAUGCAUCUACACCGCCAAAUGGGCGAAUACUAUAUGGGCAAUAAUACCUCGAUACCUCCACAUCUACGAAGUGACUUCCAACAGGCCAGUCCCCGCGCAUCUCCAUCCACGUCAUCGCCACCGCUUUCUACCUACAAUAGCGUGCCCCACAUUCGACCUUCCUUGACCUCCCACCCAAGUGGAUACCGACCACCUCAACCUCUUGAACCUCCUGCCAACAGUGAUCCUCGCCCCAAUAGCGUAGCUGGAAGUCCACACAUUUCGAGCAUGGGGUGGGCAUCUCCGACACUUAACAGCAUCAGUUCGCCAGGAGCUCUGCAGGCGCUGUGGGAAUGGAACAUUGCGAAUGGUGUUGUGGUAGCUAUCUUACUGGGUGUCUAG